GCGCGCGCUUUGUGACGGAGGGAGACCGCGCGCGUUCCACACUCUGCACGGACCCGCGCGCGCGCCACGAGCGCUCAAACGCCCGAGCACCAGCAGAAGCAGCAGCAUCAACAGCAGCGCAGCGUUGUGGGACCGAGAGGAGCGCGUGCAUCACUCAGGUGAAGCUGUCUCACAAGUGAUGCAAACAGCAGAACAGUUACUGAUGUGAGGAUACACAGCCAAAAUGAUCACUGUGCCUCUGGAUGUACAAAGACUUCAACCCAAAACAUCAGUUACAAGGUCUUCUGGCUUUAGAAAUUGAGCAAAACAGUACUUGUUUUAAUUGAACUGUUUUCAAGAGUGGAAACUUGCUCUGGAUGGAGUUAUGCUGGUCCUAAUGCCUAGAUUUCCCAAGAAUGCCAUCAAUAAUGGCUGUCACGGCUAUCACUCACUGAAGUGACUGGACAUACAGUGAGACUGAAGAUUUUGCAAGUCUCAACACUGACCACAGUUUGGAACCACACUCAGUAGACCUGACACUCAAGAAGCUACUACAAAAGACAAGGAGCUCCCAAUUCCUUCUCUAAAGAGGACCAAGCGGAAGAAGAGGAUCCGUGUUACAAAGUGCUACCCCAAAUACAGAUUUACCACCAAAAACUAAAAGUUUCAAGAGCAGCUGAGAAGUGUGAAGGAAACUAAGUGACACUAUGGCAGCUGAAAGCCUGAUUGAGCUCAGAGACUGGCUGUUCUUGCUUCUCCUCUGCCUAACACUAUUGGUGGAAGUGCUGGAGUUUGCGGCAGCAACAGCUGCCAUCACGGAGGCAGCACUUGGGGAGGCAGAGCUUCAAGGGGAUGUACCUUGUCCAUCAGCAUGCAGGUGUGAUGAUGGUUUCAUUUACUGCAACGACCGUGGACUGAGCAUCAUACCACCUUUACCGUUAACGGCAGCCGUUCUCUAUUUACAGAAUAAUCGAAUUGAUAACGCUGGCCUACCAAUAUCCUUAGAGCAGCGAAUGACUGUUCAAGUGGUUUAUCUCUAUGACAAUGAACUUGAUGAUUUUCCAACACACCUGCCACCAUCGUUACGUGAACUUCACCUGCAGGACAACAAUAUACGAACUUUACCCCGAGCUGCUCUCUCACGUUUACCUUUGCUAGAGAAACUCCACAUGGAUGAUAAUUCAAUAUCAACAGUAAGCAUUGAGGACAAGGCAUUUGCAAAUAAUCCAAGGUUACGACUUCUCUUCCUGUCACGCAACCACCUUUCUAGUAUACCAUCAGGGUUGCCAUCAUCACUUGAAGAGCUUCGACUUGAUGACAAUCGAAUUUCUACAAUUCCAACACACGCAUUCAGGGGACUCACGUCGCUUAGACGCCUCUUCCUUGAUGGGAACCUGUUAGCCAAUCAACGCAUCGCUGACGACACAUUUUCACGGUUGUCUAAUUUAACAGAGCUCUCUCUGGUACGCAAUUCCCUUCAAUCACCACCUUUAAACCUUCCCAGCACACAUCUUCUUCGACUAUACCUGCAGGAUAAUGCCAUGGCUCACAUGCCAAGGGGUUCCUUGGAUGGUAUGCGCAGGCUGCAGAAGCUUGACUUAUCAGGCAACAACCUUACAACACUCCCUCGAGGUUUGUUCAGGGACUUGGACAGCAUUUCACAGCUGCUUCUCCGUGGGAAUCCCUGGUAUUGUGGCUGUAAUCUCCGCUGGCUCCAUGACUGGUUGCAUGUCCGAGGUUCAUCAGUAACUGUGAGGGGUCUAACAUGUCAUGCACCAGAAAAAGUAAGAGGGAGGUCCCUUAGGGACCUCACAAGUCAAAUGGAGCAGUGUGAGGUGGAUGGACUGGGGGGAGUUGAAGGAGCCAAAAGAGACAAAGGGGAUUUUCCAACCGACUCCCCAACUACAACAACCGUUCCACUUCCCCAGGGUUCUCUUUUUACACUCAGGUCCAGGCGGCCUGUACACAGGUACCCUGACUUGGGACAAGACAGUCCUUUAGGGGGUGAUGGUGAAAUUGCUGGCAAAACUUUGGUCAUCAGCGUAAAGCCCUUAAGUCCAGAGACAGUUCAUAUUACAUGGCAGGCUGCUCAGCCUGCCUCAGCUUUCAGGCUCUCCUGGCUUAGACUAGGCAACAGCCCAGCCAUGGGGUCCAUCACAGAGACACUAGUCCCAGGGGACCGCAGAGAGUAUUUACUCACUCAGCUACAGCCCCAGUCAAGUUACAUUAUCUGCUUGGUGCCUCUCGUUGUCAACAAGGGAAGACGGGCAUCAAUUAUAGGGGGGUUUAAUUUGAACACUGACUCAGAGCAUGAGCAUCCAGCUUGUGCCAGAACAGAGACAGCAGACCCUCAGGUUCAGCCUGGAGCUGACCAGGGUCAGGACGUACAGGGUACGGAUGAACUAGCUGCCUUACCGCUUGCAGGGAUUAUAGGAGGGGUGACUGCAUGUGCUUCCCUGUUCUUAAUUUUUGGGAUCUUCUGCUGGUAUGGACAUCGUGCAGGAUACCUUGCAGCCGAGGAUCAUACGGGGGUCUAUGGACGAGAUGCUGUUGGACCCCGUAGUGUUGCCAAGCAUUAUGAUGACUAUGUAGAAUCUGGCACCAUUAAAGACACCUCAAUCUUAGAGAUUGGAACUCCUGGUUUCCAGAUGACGCCACUGGCAGCCCAUCAACCCUUGCAGCCAAAGGCAAAAGUUGAGGACAUGACAUACAUUCAUACUAUUUUCCCCUCUAAUAAUACAACUCUUUACAGGAGCACCCUCAACCACACAGCAAAUCCAGGCUAUGGGACCAAUCGUGGUUACAGAGAAGGAGGAAUACCAGACAUAGAUUAUGCUUACACGUGAUACCAUUUAUACUAUCCCUUAUCUUUUCUGGUCACUAUGUUUAAUACAGCGUAGCUGAGUAGGGGUUUGUUCAUUACCCUAGGUUCCAAAGUAGGGGUGUGCCGAUUCUGAAGUAGCCUGUAUAUUCAUUCAUAUCCAUAACUGUUCAUAAUAACCUAAGCUUUAUAAAUUUUGGUUAAAAGCAUUGUCCAAUUAAAGAGUUAAUUCAUCAACAGUUGAAUAUUUUUCAGGACAGCUGAAUUUUUAAUGACAUAAUAUCAGACUUCAUUGUUGGUCAUAUAUUAAAAAGGUCCCAUUCCACAAAGAACAAAAUGCAUUACUGACCACUCAAAGCUGGGUGUAAAACCAAUGCACCCUGUGAAGGGCUUUUAUUAUCUUUAUUGAUUUAUUCAGGUCAUGUUUUUUUGGGUCUUGGCACCACAUCAUUUCUGACAAGACUAUGAAAUGACCUAAUUUUCAUAUGUAUAAUCAUGAAGCAAAUUUCCAAUGGGCACACCCCUAGUCCAAUGUACCCUUUGUGCCUCCUUCAGUCUAUUUCCAGUCUAUCUGUUUCUCAAUUUGGGGCAAAGAUCCUCUGGAACAUGCUUGUAACACUUAACAAAUAAGUGCCAGAGAUACCACUCUUGGUAUUGACAUAAUCCAACAUUUCCAAGGUUUGGUGAACUUUUCUUUCCUUCUUAGUACCAAUGAUUACCUGUUUAUUUCCUUUAACUAGAUCAUGUUAAGGGGACAUAUAUGGUUAGCAUGAAGAGAAAGUGUAUGCUGAGAGACCAGAUGUGUAUAGUAGCUUUACUACCUGUACUGUAUAUAUGUGCUGGGGGAAAAGGAUGCCUUUCAAUUCUUGGGGACACCUACUCUGUCAACAACAAAAACAAGAAAAAGAAAAAAAAAAAAAGGAAAAAA